UAUAAGAUAAAUUGUCAUCUGUCAAAGCUUGCAAAUUUUUCAUUACAUUUUUCGUGUUUCUUCGUUUUCGUUUCGUGCGUUGGGUGGUUUACGUGUGUGCUCGGCAUAUUUGGUGUUUCACGUAAAUAUUAGAAACAUACAACCGAUUUCGUGAACUUUCAAAUAUAAUAUAUCACCCGCAGUUGCGUAUGCGCAUGCCAGUAAACAGUCCGCCGAUGUGAUUUUCUAAUUGUACCACCUAUUGCAAUUGAACCGGAUUCCCUAUUUGUAUUCUAUUGCCUUUGAAUUGGAGCGGUAUAAAUACAUUCAAGAGUGGCCAUGGAACUGGUAGCGUUUGUGAAAGAAGGCUUCCAAAAUGUCGCGGAGCAUGCGGCCAGUUACAAAUUCGGACAGACGGUGCUCCGGCAUGUGGACAAGGCGCUCUGGGUCCUCGAAAAAUGUGCACGCUGGGCCGUGCCCCCGCCAUUGGACCCAGAAGAAAGGCCCCAACCAGAGCUCAUCCGUCCCCUGCCGUGGGUGUUCUUUUUAAUGAUGCUGGUAGCCCUAAGGAUUACGCGGGAGUCUAUAUCGCUCGUAAACUUAGUACUGGGCAAGCCACCACUUCGAUCUGCCGAUGUGGUGACAUACAUACAAGGUAAACGUCGCUAUCUGCGCACCUUGAAGUACCAGGGCAACAGAAUGAUGAGGGCCCGCACGGGCACGACCCAUGAGCCGUGGUACAGCGGGCUGAGGUCGCUCUUCGAGUUUACCAUGUGCUUUAGAAGGCAAUCCGUGCACUAUGGCAACAACAAUACUACUAGAGUCAGUAACAAUGACGAAGUCCUGGUAGUGAAACGCAGCAAGCGUCCCCGUCAGGAGGAAAGCCCCGCAUCCACCAGCGAGGCAACCAUGGAGCGGCUCAUAGAGAAGAUGAUGGUCGACUUGGACGCUGAUUCAGAUGAAGACUCCAGCUAUACGCUCACAAACGCCACUAGCCUGAAAAGUGAUAGGUCUGAAACCGCCGAAUCUGACCAGGAACCCACUCCCAACGAGGAAUCCGCCCCAAUUAAAUCGGAAACCGAAACGCCUGCCAAAACACCCGAGCCGAACGUUUCAGAAAAACCGGCCGACCUUCCGUCCGAGAUUGAUAAUAAUUCAACCAAAGAGGCCAACGAAUCCCAAGCCGAGGAAGCCACGGAAACAUUCCAGCCAGCUCAAAACUGCGAAGACAAACACCUAAACGCAGAACAACCCUCACCUUUGGUCGACUCGCAAACUUUCAUCCAAACUGAGAAGAAACGAUACCAGAGGUCGCCAAGAAAGGACCAAAAAAUGGCGAACGGCCGGACGGUAAAGAGUACCUCCGAAAGAAACAUAGGAGGUGACAAGCGGGACGCAGCGGUGGCUCGGGCUUCGUCGGCGGAUUUCGUCGCACGUGGGAAAAAAGAUAACAGACAGACACCGUAAGCUUGCGGGAUCCUACACAGUAACUAUAAGUAGAACAGUACUGAAGACUGUUUAUUUGUUUUGCUCACCUAGUUAACGUUGUACUGUUACGUUAGGAAUACUUCUUGUUAUAUACUAUGUUAAGAAAUUCAUUUUAAAAUCAGCAGGUCCGAUUUUAUAUAAAUAACUUCGAUAAAUUAAUAACUCUUAAAUAUGAAACCGCAUAAAGAAGUUCGCUUUAGUUCCUGAUAUAAAUUGUAAUUUAAAUUAUUUCAUCAGUUAUAACUUCAUCGGCAUAGAAUGUUGUAAUCUCUCUAGAAUAUCAAUUUUGUUAACUAAUAUUUUUAUUUAUAGUUCAGAUUUUAGCAGUUUUUGUAGUUUUUUAUUUGUAAUCGAGUGAUUGUAUCAUCUUUGUAUAAUUUAAGUUUUUCUUUUAUAAUGUUAACUAGGUAAACUAAGUCGACAUUUAGAAAUAUCUGGGGUGAAAUAAGUGCCUUAGAUGUUAACCUUUUGACCAGACUGAUAUAUAAGACAUUCAAUAUCUAACUCAUUUCGCCAUAAAUAAGACAAAACUUCGUGUUCGUAUAGUCGUUCGAUUUGUAGCUGGCCCCGAACGGCGAAUCCUUUGUCUAUUGUAAGUGAAAUGGCACGUGCUACUUAUCUGCAUACAAAAAGUUUCGUUCGCUUUAACUGGUUAUUGAAUUACGACGCUAUAGGAUAGAAUAACUAAUGGAAAAAUAUGUUUCGAGGCUUUGUGUGGUCCGUCUACAGUUACUGAGUGCCGGCGAGUCGGACGCUACAGAACUAGUCUAAAAGUGUCAUCGAGAUGUGUAACAGGCGCGUUUUAUCGGAGAGCGCACUUACACUGGUUUUUUGAGCGUUGGACUAGCUCGCGCUCAGAUGCCACUUAGAAUUAUUUUUUGUAAGUAGCACGUGCGGUUUUACUUACAAUACACAAAGGAUUAGCCGUUCGGGCCAGCUAUGAAACGAACGACCGGCGGCGACACGAGCACGAUCGCUGAAAAAUUCUAAGCGGUUGAGUUAAAAGGUUAAUGAUUCAUCUCAUGACAUGCGAAAUACUACCUUAAGACCAUUUACGGAAGGUUUAGUUUAAGACGGUCAAUGUUAUUUAAAUCCAGACUACUGCAGGGUUUUUCAAGUUAAGGCGCCCUGAAAUAACUUAAAAAAUUUCCCUUUUUAUAUAAAUCGGUUAAACAUGGCAUUGAAAGAGUAUUUAAAACUGCAUUUUUAAGGGUUUUCAAGUAAAGGUAAGCGUAAGUGUUAUAAUAUUAGUGAUGUAAAUUUGCUACAACAUUUAUUGGAAAUGGUAAACAAAAAAAAAUUGACAAUCCUAAACUAAAUGUUCUGAUAACAUUAUGUAUGCUGUAUCCUUUCUAUAUAUUGAUAAUGUCCUUACCCGUACCCCCUAGAGUUCUAGGCUCUAGCCUUAAUUUCGAAAUUUAGUUUUUGGUUGGUGCUACAGAUUCGUGUCGCUUGCUACAAUUUCUCGUUGAACGAAAUCAAAGCCCCUGAAUCUGUAAUACAGGCAUUUUCAUUUAAAAUUAUACCUCUGCAGAAUAUUUAGCAGCCGACACUAACAUAGUGAUUUAUACACUGGACGAUACGGGGUCUGAUAUAACCCGACAGAUUUUAAAGGUGUAUUCUUGACCGCAUUUAGAGACUAAAAUGCUAUACAAAGUUUUCUGAAAUCGGUCUUGUUUCAGAGAUAAUGACAAUUAUUGUGAUAAUUGGUUUCGGUAAUAACUUAGUGAAAAACGCCUUUUUGGCUGCAACGCUGCCACUAUGUGACUUUGUUUAGACAUACCUACUGUCUAGACAUUAAAGUUUUAAAACACUCGUAAUUAUGAUCUGUAAAUUUAAAAAAAAAAAAACUUAUUCGUUAUAAUGUUCUUUUUUUCGUCAAGAUAUAAAAGUAAAACAAAAAUAAUACCGUAUUUCACCAAAACUCAUAUUACAUUAAUUGCUCCUUAUGACCUCAGGAAUGCGUGGUUAAAAUCUGUCAGAUCUUACCAGCCCACGGCGUAUAUAGGCUUAAAUAUACAAUUUUAAAUAAAUAUGCCUAGAUAUGCGAUAUAUAAUUAUAUACAUCCCAAUGCUAAUAUUAUAGUAAUACUUAGUCGUCACUUAGCUCUAUAGUCCGCCCUUUGCAUUUUAGUCCAUUCCAGUCGAAACUGAAGCUAAUUUGGUUCCUACCGAUAUCUAGUUACUUAGUUUUAGAUGCAUUCAAUUCUUUAGAAUAUAAUUAUGAAUUAAUCACAAGUGUCUACAGUGCUUUUUGGACUAAUACUCUUUAUUUAAUUAAUUUUCAGUUGUGCAAUCGUUUUUAUUAUAAUUGUUAUAAGAGAUUAUUUGAAACAAAAUUUUAUUUAUUGAUAAUCGAAAUUUUAAUUCCAAAGAUUUGGCUGUGUAGCGAUGAACUAUCUGAUAAGAAAAGACUGACGUUAAAAAUAUACUUCUUUUCUUUUGUAUGUUUUCAUGUAAAUUAUGAAUAUUAUUUAAUCUUUGUAACGUUUUGUAAGGCUAACGAAUAUUUGGAAUAUUUUAUGGAUUGUGAACGAUAUUGUUAUAAAUAUAUUUCAUAAUGAAACA